AUGAUUGCUCCUGGCACGGCACCCUGGCUAGGAAAUGAAGCCGUACCCUUUGCCGCUCUAGCAACACUGUGGACAUUCAUGGCUCGGGAAUUCCCGCGCCCUCGCUGGUCCUCGUCCUCGGUGCCCAGUAAAGUGCCCAAACGUCGCCGCUUACCAUUGGCACUUCGUACCCGCCUCCAUGGCCUGCGCCACGCCUGCUCCCCGGCCUCUUCUCCAAUUCGGAGGGCACUGUGGACACUGGUGCUGUGCACUGCACUGGGCCUGCUGCUGUCAUGGUCCUCAAACCGUGUCCUGCACUGGUUGGCUUUGCCCACGGCCACGAGAGUACAAAUGCAAUGGGCACGCCAGCUUGACUUUCCCACCAUCACGAUCUGCAACAACAACCCAGUACGACUCCCGCACCUCACCAAGAGUGACCUGUACUUCGCUGGGCACUGGCUUGGCCUGCUGCAUGCUAACGGGACAGCGCGCUCGUUAGUGCUGGAGCUGCUGCACGAUGAGCGUCUUGCUUGGUUUCGCAAGCUGUCUGACUUUCGUCUCUUUCUCCCACCACGCCGCUUCCCAGGGACCAGCCUAGAGUUCCUCGAUCGCCUCGGGCACCAGCUGGACGACAUGCUGCUCGCCUGCAAGUAUCGAGGAGAACCAUGCGGUGCUCACAACUUCUCAACUGUUUUUACACGAUAUGGGAAGUGUUAUAUGUUCAACGCAGCUGAAGAAGGCAAGGCUUUGAGAACCACGAUGAAAGGAGGAACUGGUAAUGGCCUGGAGAUUAUGCUGGAUAUUCAGCAAGAUGAGUACCUGCCUGUGUGGGGCGAGACAGAGGAGACAGCAUUUGAGGCAGGCGUGAGGGUGCAGAUCCACAGUCAAGCUGAGCCUCCGUUCGUCCAUGAGCUGGGCUUUGGGGUGGCUCCAGGGUUUCAAACUUUCGUAGCCACUCAGGAACAGCGCUUGACGUACUUGCCGCCUCCAUGGGGAGAGUGUGUGUCCCAGGCUCUGGGCUUCUUCGAGGUCUACAGUGUCACAGCGUGCCGUAUCGAGUGUGAGACACGCUACAUCGUGGAGAACUGUAACUGCAGGAUGGUGUACAUGCCUGGAGACUCUCCGUACUGCACUCCUGAACAGUACAAAGACUGUGCUGAACCUGCACUCGCCGCUCUUUCUUCAGUGGAGGGCAGCAGCUGCAUGUGCAGGAACCCGUGCAACAUGACCCGCUACAACAAAGAGCUCUCUAUGGUCAAGAUCCCCAGCAAGACGUCAGCGCGCUACCUGGAGAAGAAGUUCAACAGAUCAGAGAAGUACAUCACAGACAACAUCCUGGUGCUGGACGUCUUCUUUGAGGCUCUGAAUUACGAGACCAUUGAGCAGAAGAAAGCGUACGAGGUGGCUGGACUGCUAGGGGAUAUCGGAGGUCAGAUGGGGCUGUUCAUCGGCGCGAGCAUACUGACAAUCCUCGAGCUAUUUGACUAUGCCUAUGAGGUGGUGAAGGACAGGAUCCUGGAUCUGCUGAGUCGAGGCGAAGAGGAAGAGAGUCGAGGGGAAGAUGUGAGCACGUGUGAUCCAGUCGUGAAUCAUUCAGAGACGAUCAGCCACACAGUCAGUGUUCCUUUACAGACCACUCUGGGGACGCUGGAGGAGAUCGCCUGCUGAGUGCACUUCCCCUCCAGAGCAGCAGGAGGAGACAGCAAAUCCUCCUCUCUGCCCCUGCUGCACAGGAACACAGUCUGGGGAAGAGACACGAAAUUUUAAAUAAAAGUGGAAGGAAAAUGAUUCAUUUUUCCAAUUUCGGUGAAACUGCGACAUGAUCAUUCUGUACAAAGCCACAAAGAAACAAUGAUGGCAGCUUUGCCAGGCAGGACAAGUCCACUGAAAUCUCUCACACACUUUAUCUCUCUCUCUCACACACACACACACACACACACACACUGACUGUCUUCUCCAAAGUCUUCUCCAAAGCUGAAACUGACACUUACAGACAAGAAGUGAAACUUCACAUGAACUUCAGACUAACGUGAGAACGUGAAAAUGUGAACUGACACAGGAUACGAGUGUGUAAAUGCUUCGUCUGUCUGCUCGGCUGCCAUUUUCAAGUCCACUGCCAAAACUCGAACAACACCAAGCGAGCGCAGGACAAGGACCUUUGCAUGUGUCAGUUUCUCUGGCUGAGCUGCGUUUCUCUCUCGCCGAGAGCCUCAUUCCGCUUCCGUUGUGUGUUUCCGUGUCUACGUGCCGUUCGGGAUCCGAACCCAACCCACAGCAGCACUCUAUCCUUUUCUGCUUUUCACGCACUCCUAUCUGAUUUCUGUUGCUGUAUCAGAAAGCACUCUGGAUCUGAGAGAUGUCAUCACCUCAUCAUGUGACUGGUUGAUAAAGGCAUUUCUACCAGCCUUCAAAUUUCCUGAAAGAAGGAAAACAAAGGAAGGAAAUGGAAAAGUGUGUCAUUUAAUCAGAGAGAUGAAGCCAUAAUUUCUGUUUAUCUUACAGCGAAACGUCUUAUCCCAUACGUACAGCUCAUUAAAUCAGAUCUUUCUUUGGAUCUUGGUCAUUUCUGUACAUUUUCAACCCUGAAAUCGAACCAGAGCAAAGAAGUCAGUCAGGUGCUGUGAGGAACACAAGAGCAAGAGCACAGUCACAUACCGGUAUGCAGUCUGUUGAAAUCAAACCCUAGUGUGUUUACGCUGACAGGAAGUGAUUGCCUUUAUGGUUCAAGGCUGCCUAGUGCAGUCUGAACACAAGUCAUCCCCGAUUCAAGUUUAACCCGCGUGCAGAAAUUAACAAACGAACAAAAGACGCUUUCAUUCAUAUUUCUUUUGUUUCCCAGUCUGCUUUCAGUUGUAAAGUGAGCUACUAUGGUGGUGCGUAAGUGUAAACAAAUAACCGACCAAACCAAAAGUGCAACGGCAAAUCAGAAAACACAUCAAACACAAAACGGCACAUUCUGAACCACGACAGAAAAACCACACUGUACAUGUAAAGAUAUCCUGAAUAAAGGAAAGGUUGUAUUUAUUCUAAAUUACCGUAUAUGGACAUGAGUGUUUUACUGGGAAGUACGCCAUACGAGCGCCAUCCGGGACAUGGAGAACCAAAACCAGGACAUAAAUCUCUAUAUGUCAGUCGUGAGGAAAUCAAUGAGUUGUUUUGAUAAGUUUGAGGACUUUUUGUUUGUGAAUGUGUCGAUAUAAUAAAAAGAAAAUCACAUGUUGGCUUGAAGAUAUGAAGUUUAUCUUCUCGUGUUGAAAAACUCACUUUUUUCAUUAUGAAAUACAUCAUGGAGCUGAGUGACAGAUCCGUAUCGUGAAAUACCGUGACCGAGGUCUUAUUCAAGGCCGAGCCUAAGCUGGUAAAUAAUAUAUUUAUUUUUUUCUUUACCAAAUUCUAACAGUAAACGAGAGCGCCCGAAAGGGAAAACCGAGCCGAGCCGCUGUUUUGAAUCCUCAUUCACGGCUGUAAUGCAAAUUGCUUCCUCCUCGGUAUACAAGUGCACUUCCAUGGCAGGAAAAAAACUACAUUUUGCCACCUAUGUAGUCCCCUAUUUAUACAAAAUUGAGUCAUUCAGGAUUCAGCCAUGUUUUUGCUCGGCGUUAGCAGCAGUUAGAGGUUUUUAGCUUUCUCCUGAAAUGCUUUCUUUUAUUUCUUCUUCCUCAGGGUAGUAAAACUCGCUUUCG